AUUUCAAAUCAGUAUUCAUUACAACAUGAAGUUCAGUUUUAUGAUAGUUCUCCUUACCUUUCUCUCUUCUUCCUGCUUUGCACAACAAAAUACCGUAACAGUUUUUGAAGAACAAUCUACUGUGGAAAACGCAACUGAAAGAAGUUGCCCAUUUCUACCUAAUCCACACAACGUAUACAGUUACAUAGAAAUGACUGUUAAUAGAAAUUUCACACGGAAUUGUGCACCAGGAACCAUUUACAGUAAAGAUCAUUGCCUAUGUAUUACUGACACAAAUGCCACCAGAAGACACGAAGAUCAACUCCGAUGCAACCCUUCUUUGCUUCUUAAUUUCGAAGCUGAUCUCCUCGAUAAAUCUAAUAAUAAUUUACCACUUUACUCUGUCAAAGUCAUGCUUUCCAAUAAUGGUACAGCUCUCUUCUCCCCCAAUAGUCGAAUGACUAUUUGGCGUUUUUCCGAUGUUGCGUUUCGUCAAGGUCUCUACAUUACGUUAUCCAUCUUGAGUACAGCUCAAACUUCUGAUCGACAAAUUAUUUUUGCAAAUGAUGGAAGCUCAAAUCUGGAUGGCCCGUCUAUUUCUGCUGCAAUUGAGGGAGAGAAAUAUGUCUUUCAAGUUGUAACCAACCUAGGGCAAGAAAACAUAACGCUAGAUAAGGAACCCGGUUUUAACAAUCUAACUCUAAUGUAUAACAGCCGGGAACUUCGCGUUUCUUGCAACGAUGUGACUGUAUCACGCAAACUUACAGGAAUUAUCCGUAAAAGACUCACUGCUCUAACUAUAGGUGGAUUCAAUGGGAAAUCAUUUACGGGCGAACUUGGGGAAUUUCAACUGUUCACAUGCAUUCCGGAGAACGCCCAGUAAUAAUAUAACGGUUAGAAGGACAGUCAAGGAUAACACCAGACCGGUGAAACAGACGCAAUUAUAACUUUCUUUUUGCCAGAUUAAUAACAGCAAUAAUACUACCAUAUCCAAUUGUGUAGCAGCAAAUAACAUUCUAACAA